AUGCACGGGCACCUCUCCCGGCAGCACAGCUGCGGCAGGGGCGCCGAGGGCUCGGACGGGGGCAGGAAUGUGCCCCCCGCCGCCAGGGAUGGCCACUGCGCCUGCCGCUGGCAGCAGCAUCCGCCGGGCCUCCAGCACAGCUGUCAGGCGCUGCCCUCGUGGGGAGCCGCGGCUGGCAGCCAGGGCAGGGGCAAGUUGGUCCCGUUGUGGGACACGGCGCGGAAGAGCCCCCCCAAAUCCCCGGCCAAGCCGCAGGGCAGCCCGGGACAGUGGUGGUCAGAGUGCGGCUGUGCCCACGGCUGGGGCCACCCGGUGCAGGCAAGCCCUGCCCCUAUAAUUGUCAACACAGACACCUUGGACACAAUCCCUUAUGUCAAUGGAACAGAAAUUGAAUAUGAAUUUGAAGAAAUUACUUUGGAAAGGGGAAAUUCUGGCCUGGGGUUCAGUAUUGCUGGAGGUACAGAUAACCCACACAUUGGGGAUGAUCCUGGGAUAUUCAUUACUAAGAUUAUACCAGGAGGAGCUGCAGCAGAGGAUGGAAGACUCAGGGUCAAUGAUUGCAUCUUGCGAGUGAACGAGGUUGACGUGUCAGAAGUGUCACACAGCAAAGCCGUGGAGGCCCUGAAGGAGGCUGGUUCCAUAGUGCGCUUGUACGUCCGGCGAAGAAGACCUAUACUGGAGACCGUCGUAGAGAUCAAGUUGUUCAAGGGACCGAAAGGUCUAGGAUUCAGUAUUGCAGGAGGGGUGGGGAACCAACACAUCCCUGGGGACAACAGCAUUUAUGUCACCAAGAUUAUCGAUGGGGGAGCAGCACAAAAAGAUGGGAGAUUGCAGGUUGGAGAUAGACUUCUUAUGGUAAAUAAUUACAGUUUGGAAGAAGUUACCCAUGAAGAGGCAGUAGCGAUACUGAAGAACACAUCAGAUGUAGUGUAUCUGAAAGUUGGAAAGCCCACUACCAUUUACAUGACAGAUCCAUAUGGCCCACCAGAUAUUACUCACUCUUAUUCUCCACCAAUGGAAAAUCACAUACUGUCUUCUGGAAACAAUGGCACUUUAGAGUACAAGGCAUCCCUGGCCCCUAUCUCACCAGGAAGAUACUCACCCAUUCCAAAGCACAUGCUUGUGGAGGACGACUACACCAGUCAUUCCCAGCACAGCACUGCAACGCGUCCACCCACAGUGAGCUUGCAGCGGACCAUUUCUGUGGAAGGAGAGCCUCGAAAAAUCAUCCUGCACAAGGGCUCCACAGGACUUGGUUUCAACAUUGUGGGAGGUGAAGACGGGGAAGGCAUUUUCGUGUCUUUCAUCCUCGCAGGUGGGCCAGCGGAUCUCAGUGGAGAACUGCAGCGAGGAGAUCAAAUCUUAUCUGUGAACGGCAUUGACCUGCGAGGUGCUACCCAUGAGCAGGCUGCGGCUGCGCUCAAAGGAGCGGGGCAGACGGUAACGAUCAUAGCACAAUACCAGCCGGAGGAGUACGCUCGAUUUGAGGCAAAAAUCCAUGACCUGCGUGAGCAGAUGAUGAAUCACAGCAUGAGUUCUGGGUCUGGCUCCCUGAGGACUAAUCAGAAGAGGUCACUGUAUGUCAGAGCCAUGUUUGACUAUGACAAGAGCAAAGACAGUGGCCUCCCAAGCCAAGGACUCAGUUUCAAGUAUGGAGACAUCCUUCACGUCAUCAACGCCUCAGAUGAUGAAUGGUGGCAGGCUAGGAGGGUCACUCUGGAGGGGGACAGUGAGGAGAUGGGAGUUAUACCCAGCAAGAGGAGAGUUGAAAGAAAGGAGCGUGCACGUUUGAAGACGGUGAAAUUCAACGCAAAACCUGGUGUAAUUGAUGCAAAAGGGUCAUUCAAUGACAAGCGUAAAAAGAACUUCAUCUUUUCACGAAAAUUCCCAUUCUACAAGAGCAAGGAGCAGAGUGAGCAGGAAACAAGUGAUCCAGAACAACAUGUUUCUUCUAAUGCCAGCGAUAGUGAAAGUAGCUACAGAGGCCAAGAGGACUGCAUCCUUUCUUAUGAACCUGUCACAAGACAGGAAAUUAAUUACACCAGGCCAGUUAUUAUUCUGGGUCCUAUGAAAGAUCGGAUCAAUGACGAUUUGAUAUCUGAGUUCCCUGAUAAAUUUGGGUCAUGUGUACCACAUACCACACGGCCAAAGCGUGACUAUGAAGUGGAUGGGAGAGAUUAUCAUUUUGUCAUUUCAAGAGAACAAAUGGAGAAAGACAUCCAAGAGCACAAAUUUAUAGAAGCUGGGCAGUACAAUGAUAAUUUGUAUGGAACUAGUGUCCAGUCUGUGAGAUUUGUGGCAGAAAGGGGCAAGCACUGUAUACUUGAUGUGUCAGGAAAUGCUAUCAAACGACUACAAGUUGCACAACUCUAUCCCAUUGCUAUCUUCAUUAAGCCCAAAUCAUGGGAGCCUCUGAUGGAAAUGAAUAAACGUCUUACAGAGGAGCAAGCAAAGAAAACCUAUGAUCGAGCAAUUAAAUUAGAACAAGAAUUUGGAGAAUAUUUCACAGCUAUUGUCCAAGGAGAUAGCUUAGAAGAUAUAUAUAAUCAAUGCAAACUUGUAAUUGAAGAACAAUCUGGGCCUUUCAUCUGGAUUCCUUCAAAGGAAAAAUUAUAAAUUAGCCACUGCACCUCUGAUUACGACGAGAGAAUAUUUAGAAGAAAACUAUAAUAUACUAUUUGGAGGCUUUCCUGUUUUUGUUGCAUUUAUGUUCUUUGCAGUCAAUGUGAAUUUUGAUGAAUGUACAACACAAAGUGUUUGAAGCCAUGAAGGACACUGAUGGGUCAAAGGGUAGGAACAAAAAGACUUCUACCAUAUAAAGCAAAUCUGUUGUGUGCUCAGAGCACGAGUUGUAGGUAUAAACUUUUGACAUGGAGACCCUCUGUCAAGGGGAGCUAAGCCACCUCCUGUGCCCACGCGGACAUUUUGAUCAAUUUCAAUGGCUGAGCUCAGUGUGUUGAUUGCUUUAGAGAAGUUCCCAGCUCUUGAACCUCAUAUAGGGCUUGAUCCUGCAAGGCGCUCAGCACUUGACCCCAAUUCCUACACAUGAGUAGCCUGUUGACUUGGAGUCACUUGUGACCCUUCCCUAUGCCGUUCAGUCCCACCAGUUCCAGUAGGACUAUUCACGUGCUCAAAGCUAAGCACAGGCUUAAGCAUUUUUGCUAGAUCAGGGCCACAUGCACCUUGCAAAAUCAAGCUCAGAGUAUUUGGUCCACAUCCUACUGAGGUCACUGUUAGGACACUGUGACCUGACUGGGAGGUGGGUCCUGUUCUAAGCUUGUCAUUGCACAUUUGUAGUUGGUACACCUCGACUUUGGUAACUAUGCACAUCUUUUGAUUUCUGAAACCAAGUCAAGCAUUUCUUUUUUCCCCUUUGGAAGCACUAUUGCAUCAGGAGCUACCAACAAUAUGGUUUAUUUUGAUGGUGUUUAGGGGUGGGAGAGGAUGGAAGCAUUUCACAUCACACACACAUGCACACAAACACAUUCCCAUGCGGACACACACAUGUAUGAGGAUUCACAGCAUCUAUGUUAACAAGGAGGGAUACAACUGGGAAAAGCUUUAAAAUUUUUGAUUGUCUAUUUUAUCAUUUAUAUUGAUAGAAGGCACUUAAAGAUGGAAUAAUUUAUAAAAAUAAAAAUAUAUUGAUGUAUAGAAAC